GAAGAAGAAGGAAGAAUAUUGGCCCUCACUGGUCACUGUAGAGGUGGCGGGAACAUGAAACAAGUUAGGGACAGUCACUAACAUCUCUGUUAUGUAACGUUAGUUAAAUCGCAUGACUAUUAUUAUCCUAACAGAAAACGUCUUUUAAGUUGAAUUUCACUCAGAGGAGAAUGUAAAACAGGCGGAAUCUGAUAAUGGACGCGGUGCGGUGCAGUGUGGAGUAUUUAUCAGAGUUCAGUGACUGUCAGUCACACUUAGUGCGCGUUAUUCAGGACGGCGUGAAUCUUUUCUUGACCCGCGGAGACCGAGAUGUGCUCAUAUUCAAUAUCCAGGAGAGGAGAGUCACGACCGUGAUGCUGUUUGAAGCCUCAGUGAUAAAUUUUGCAUUAAGUGACGAUAAACAUCGACUUUAUGCACUUUGUGCGAACGGUGGGCUUUACUGCACCCCUUUACCACCACAGCUCAGUUCUUCUGUCCGGGUGAACAAAAGUCCUGACAGUGUGCUGUAUACUGUACCAGAUGAUUCAAUUGUCCUGAAAAAUGCCAGCCUACAAGCGUUCACCAUAGUUGAGAAGAUCCUUGUGACGCUUAGCCUUCACAAGUCUGUCUGGAGUUUUGAUCUCUACGAAGAGACUGGAUCCAGACCCCUUCAUAAACUUGCAUGUUUCCAGGUUGUAACUCUAAACACAUGCUGUUUAAACUUAACAGACAAAGAAAAAAGUGUGAGUUCACCUCCAGUAUUGACUUGCAUCUACCCCGAAGGAUCCACAUCAGUCAGCACUGACCAAUCUGACCUCCGUCCCCAUCUUGAGCCCCAUCUUUUCAGGCUUUUAUUUGGAGUGGACGCCUCUUUAGUCAAUUCUCCAGUCAUUCUGUGUGGUUUACCUGAUGGACAUAUUUGCUGCUUUCCUUUGCUCGUCCCCAACCUGGCUGGUCCUACAGGAGAGCAGAGAUCUCCAGUCAGAGUCCUCCAGAGCUUAGAGCAGCCAGUCGUAUUUAUUGGAACCUGCAUCUCUGGAGAACACGGACCUCAGUGUCUUGUUGCAGUUGGUCAAAGAGGCAAACUUCUAAUUGUCAGAAGUAAACAAGCAAGCAUGGAAGGAAAAAAGGCAGAUUAUAGCUUCAAUGAGCAUAGUGUACGAGGACCAGUGCUGUGUGCCUGUGUUGAUGAUAAGCGGCUGUACUACAGCUCUCUCAAUGACCUACACGCUCUUCAGCUCACCACAACAUCUUCAUCAGAAGCAACAGGAACUGAGUCCCAACUGCAAGCUCUGACCUCUGACAGUCUUGGUGUAUGCAGGGCUAUAGCACUUGCUGGGCCAUAUACUAACCCCACAGGAUCUGUGCAGCUUUUGGCAGUAUCUUUGAGCGGAAGACUGCUUCGCGUGAACCUUCCUCAAGGAUCUGAAAAUGUUCCCAGGUUGCCCUCAUCUCUGUCAGGCCAGAGAGUGAAAGACCUUCUGGCUUCCAUCGCAAACAUCUGGGAGAGUUGUUCUUGA